UCCCGAAAGCUAUAGUUGUGAGAGUCUUUUUAUUGUGACUAUCUGCAAAUCAGCAUCUCCACAGUAUGGUAAGUAGCAACUUUCCUUCUCAUAAUAUUGUUAAAUACUAAAAAUUUGUUUUAGAUGUGAUUUAUGCCAUUUAGACGUGUAAUAUAGCUUGUAUGUAGUGCAAGUACAUUACCAUUUAAAUUUGGUGCUUUCGCAGAUUCCCCUUCACACAAACGGUGUGGCGGUAGGGGAAACAUUAAACCAGAAAAGACAGCCAGUGACAUGCAAGCAAGAGCACAGCCCACAUUCUGAAUUCUUGGCCUCCCUGUUAUUAAAGUACUGAAUAGUACAGUAAAUACAUAGCUUUCUGAGGUUCAUUUGUAAUGAAUGACUGAUCAUUCGAAUGGUAGGCAUUUAUUGUCUCAGAGGAACAUGUUGUCUAUGAAUGAAUGUAAAACAGGAUCUACUACAGAUUAUAAAUAUGUGCUUCCUCUACGCUUUCUGAAGACCUUGGUUCCAUUUGUAGAAUACUGAACUUGAACAUGUAUUUUACUUUCCUGGGAAGUCAAAUCCAAGCUGUUAUCAAAUCAAUGGUUGAUUUAAACACCACACUGCUUUAUUAGGCCUGGAUGUAUCAGAGGUGGUGCAUCGUCGUCCUCUGACCGUUGAACUUACGUAUGCAGCCAGUUUUAGCUGGGACCUACAGUUUAAUCCAGACCCCCAAAUACAGUGAAACUUGACAUUUUUCACAUUAAUAAAUAUUUCCACUGGCAAAAGAAGCAAAAUGCUGACUAAAAUUAUUGUACAAUAAUUGGGAAUCAAACCUGAGACAUUUGGUCUGUAGUGUGGUACUUUAGCAUUGAGUCGCCAAGCCUUCUGAUGUUUAGAUCCGAUAAUGAAAAUGAAGGUUUAGGGAUAUAAAGUCAGAAUGUAACACAAGCUACUGUGCUGACUACUAACUGCAUUUACGGUGAUAAUCAUUUCCUUCACUGUUUAUGUGUAAAACGGUUGGAAAGAGCAAUUUACUUACUAUAUAGCUUGUUCAUUGGAAAGAGCCACUAUGUCUUCAGUUAGAAUUUUUAGCCACUGGUUUUCUUCUAAUAGGUGUUUCAUAUGUAAGUAUACAGGUGCUUGCGAAGGUAAAUAAUAAACGAAACGUCAUUUAAGAAUGAAAGCUUAUUUUAAUAGGAGACAGUUUUUGAUUCCAGAUUUCACAUAAUCAGAUAAUUAAUGGAAGUGGCAAGUAAGGUUUGUUUUCAACAUGUUUGUGAGUAUUUGGUUAAUGCAAUGGCAUUAUAUUCUUAAUUAUUUUCUGUUCAUCACUUGUCAUCAUCUUUUGGAAAUUUUAUUUUGUUUUCUUUGUAUUUUUGAUCUAUCUAGUAGUUAUCAACAGUAUGGAACUGUCAUUACUUAUAUUUAGAUGUACUGUUUAGUUACUUGCAGCCCUAAGCAUAUCACCAUGCUGUUCUUGGAUAUAUUUUCAGUUUAGAAUUUGAUUUCAAUUGUAUUUAGUUCUUAUCCAAGUAUUAUGUGUGAAUUUCUGUUGAGUGAUGCAGUAAAUUUGUAGUGUUAACUAAUAUAAGGCUUUUUAUUAAAAUUUAUUGUGAGUUGCUCAUACUAUGUAGUGUACUAGUGUCAUUGAGUAGGUCAGCAGCAUGCAGAGUGGAAUUUCUGUGGCACAAUCUAAAGUAAUUCUUGGGCAUGUCAGACAUACUGUGAUACUCUAGUAACUCUUUUUUUUCUGUUUGUGGCUAGUACUGAUCUGUGCUGUGUGAGCCUAAAAUACCUCACCCACUGCAAGUUUAAGAAAUAUGCUCCAGAUAAUGUGAUUGAAUUUGAAGCUUUGUCGUAACUUCUACUCAGUUUCAGCCCGUCUUGGGGAUGUCGCCACGAACACUGAAGUGUACUUCCCCCAAUUAUUCCAGUGAUUGAGGCUAUCCAUCUUCAACAUUUUAGCUAGCUUCAAAAAGGAACCAAGGAUGGCCCACACUCACACCCUGCAGCUGUCAGUACUCUGGGCACACCAAAUGUACUAUGAACUUCCUGCUUGACCAGUCUAUUUUCCUGAGUGUCUACAACAUUUGUCUAACAUUCAGGCUCCCAAUAACAAGCAGCCUUUCCUGUGUGUAAAUUUGGAUCUUGCAAGAAGAUUGACUCCAGUACCAAAACAAGUGAUUAGUGUGUACUUAGUUACACAUAACCUUUCAUAUUUGUUGUUAAAUUGUCAUAUGGGAUGACUGUGCAGACAGUAGUCCCACUUGCCUUCCACCAAGAGAUCUUUCAUCCUGUUAGUGUCUGCUGUUCAUUUUCAUGUGACGACAAAUUGUCAAGGUGAAGGGUGUUGGAAACUGCUGUUGUGGCAGUAAUCUCUUAACAAUAGUGGGGGCACAAAAAGUUCCAUAGAGUUCUUACAGAGUAGAUCAAGGAAGCGUACCUAUGAAGAUAGUUCUGUGGGUUAUGCCAGGUAAUCUAAUUAUUUCAGUGCUAUAAUUAUUAACUUUUCAUCCUAAGGUGAAAUACACCAGGUAAUGUAAUUAUUGCAGUGCUUAUAAUUAUUCAUUUUUCAUCCAAAGACCAAAUGGGAGGAAAAAUUUGUAGUAUUGCAUAAUGAAGAUUACAUAUUAUGCACUUUAGUUACUUGAAAAAUUACAUAUUGAUUCUGCCAGACCCAAGCUGAAACCUGCUUUCUGACAGCUGUGACAUCCACAUAAAUAAAAGGGAAAAUAAAGUAAAGAAAAAAGAUAUCAGGCAUGCCUUGUGCACGUUUACACCCUUUCCUAAGAUAACAUACUUCACCAUACACACAAGAUGAAAAAGGUGUUUCUGAAGGACAGGAAGUCACAGGGAUCGAUGUACCCCUACUGACCUAUUGGACCACAGCCAGAACAACUACUUCGUAAAAAAUUAAAUUAGUGCGCUGGGACCAGUUGAACAGCCAAAUUAGUGAAGGGGAGGUGGAUGUGUUAAAUGGUAAACUUGGAUAAGAGACACUAAAAAAAGAUGGAUGCAUUUUUCCAUCUCAAAAGUAAAACAGAUCAAAAGGAGAGAUGAUAUGUAGUAGCAAGGAUUUCACAGGGCAGUAGGGUUUUCUUCUAUGAAAGAAACAGCUGCUAACAUCCAGUCUUACUAUACAUUAAUAUCAUGUUUUGAUAACAUGUUGCAUGUCUUCAUAAUAUUGAAAAGGAUAACACUUCCUAAUGUUAUGCAAAAUUAUAUUUAUUUGGUGACGAACUGGUUUUUGGCUUCUCAGGCCAUCUUUAGGGGACAACUGUCGCAAAUACAGAUUGAAGUAUUUGUAACGAAAACUUAAUUUAACAAGGGGGAAAAUGGAAAUUGAGUAUGACCACUUAAUACUAGGCUGGCAUUCUGUGUCAUGUUUGUUGGUGCACAGUAGGGUCAUCUUUCUGCUUUUUUUAACAGGAUAUAAAACUUCACAUUCUACAUUAUCUGCAUCGUUUCCUGCUAAAUCAAAGGUUGAAUCAGUUCCUCAUGCCAGCUUCUCUCAUGCCUCAUGAUCACACUUCAGCAUUUUUAAAUCAACCUGAGUGAGUUUACUCUAUGCCCUCUGUCACUUGUUAGUAGCUACACUAUUUGUCUAAUUUGCUAUGUGCCUUAUACAUUCAGGUGAUGUAUGAGAGAAGUUAUUAACAGCUUGUCUGAUUUGCUAUGGGUCUUAUAUAUUCAGGUGAUAUGUGAGAGAAGUGGAGUUUUAUUUGCCUAGAAAACGCAUUACAUAUUCCCUUUGAGAUUUAGGACAUAUUUUAAGUGCUUGUCGGCCAGUGGCCUUGUCACUUUGGCAUCACCGGUUUCCAUCAGAUCACUGAAGCUAAGUGCUGCUUCAUAAUUUUUUAGGUACUUUGCUAGGGGUUCUGUUUCAUUCUGUGUGAUUCAUGCAACAGGCUUUUUUUUCAUUAUAAACAAUAACAGUCGUUACUCUAAAUGGUAGCAGCUGCAGUUUUUAUGCAAAUUUUGUGUUUUAUAAGCAUGUACCAAACUAGAAAUAUGAACAUGAACUGAUUUUUUGUUAAUUCUGUGAGUUACUCCAAAGUAUAGGAAAGUCCAAUAACAGAACUGCUCAGCAUAACAGCUGUUCUCAUGAAAAGUGUAGUUUCUCCUUCAAGUAAGUCAUUUAAUAUUUGCUAUGAGUGUAUAUGUUUUUUGUAUUGACAGUGCAAACAGUCCAUUAGUAAGUGGAGCGAGGAUUGUAAAAGAAGAGAGAAAUAAUUCAGAGUUAAGGCAACUCCACUUGGCGAGAAGAGUAAUAUUGGAUGUUGCUCACAAUAGCUACUAGAAGGGAAUCAUUUAUGAAUAGCAAUGAACUUACUGCAGAUGGUGACAUGGGUUCCUUAAAUCUCGGAAUGUGUUUCCCAGGAUACUUUCCAAUCAUUCCAACUGCAUUAGUGUUGUCUUUAAUGACAUCAGUGGCAAACAAAAACAAUCUCCAAAUUAUGUGUUUUUUUUACUGUAUAUAUUGUUCCAAAUUCUUUCCUUUUUAAUUUACGGAUAUUUCUCCAUGCCUCCUCCCAUUGGUAAACAGGUAAGGCAUACAUUAAAACAGACUUACCUUAAAAUAUUUCUGCUGUACUAUGAACUGUGGUGUGUACCACCUCCUUUGUUUGAUUAACUGUUCAGACAUCCAAUUAUUGGUUUAAUGGAUGCAGAACAUGGCAUUUUUACACACAACAAUGUCAGAGUGAGUGAUGAAAGCUCAAACAAAUUCUAGGAUUGAAUUACAGAUGUUUUGACUUUUAUGGUGGCCUCCAAAUCAGUUUUACCUACUUCGGUAUUUAUUUCGUCUCCCAUCUAAGGCUUACCUAUUUCAAAUCGAGAUUUUUGUCUUUUUUACGUGUAAAUAUUCCAGGAUUCUGACCUAUGGUGCAUAGUUGGUCCAGAUGCUUGGAGAUAUUUUGUACAGCCCAUAACACAUCAUCAUAUAUUUUUAAAAUUUGUAAUAGAUGUCUGUAGCUGUGGACUAAAGUUAAUAAUUGUGUUUGAACCCUGUAGGCUGAAUGAAUAAAUGUGAACUCUGUUGUCAUUUCUUACUGACUAGUGAGAAGUGCAUGAAUAAAUGAACUGUACGGUGGUGGGAUGGCUUUCCAUCUUUAGUCAAUUAUUUCAGUUUUCAUACCUCAGUCAGUUGCAGUCCCUUACUGCUGAGUGUAAAAGUAAUAUUCCAGAAGUAAAGGUUUAUUUUAAAUCUUAACUAUAGAAGAUCUGAUACAGAAGAGCCCAGUUACAUUUCAGAGGUAUAGAUACCUGUCGCUAUUCUUAUGCUGAGCUUUGUGGUCAUUAUAGCUAUAUGAGGGAAUAUUUCCAAGUUUGGUUUUGGAAUGUGAAAUAACUGUUAGCUAAAAUUGGUUUCAUAAAGAUAUUAUUUGAUAGUUUAGUAUUCUGGAGGGCAGCAGAGAACAAAAUCUGUUUAGAUUCUCAACACACUUGCAGGAUAUUGUUAGAGGAUAAUGUGGCAAAUCCAAAAUCUUCCCCAUACACCUUCUGAACUGAUACAGUGUUUGCACAGCUUCAAGUUACACUGAAAGGGAGAAAGAGAAGUCAGGUUAAAAUUGAAAGCAGGUUAAUUAUAAUUUAAGUAAAUCAUUGUCAAUUAGUGUUCUACGGUUAAGUGUUUUCAGGAUUUACAGUUAUGCAGGAUCCACAAAGAUACCCUUCCUUUGUGUCAUACAGUUGUGACAAAUGAGUGGAACUGAUUUCCUGUAUUCCCACAUACAUUUGCCCUUAUUGCAUUUUUAUGUUGUUUCCUCUGUUCUGUUUGUGUAGAAAACAUUUGGGUUACCUUAUUUUUUUAAAUGUAAUUCUUAAAAAUUUAUUUAUUCUAGACCAUCCUGGAAACUGUCUUUGAUUAGCAGACCCAGCAAAGUAGUUUCAGUAACAAGUAUUUAAAAGAAAGUCAGAAAUUGUGAUUUUCCUUUUUGUGAGCAAUAAAAUACUUUUUAAAAAAUCAAAUUUGUCAUUUCAUUGUUUUUCGGGCACUUUUGUCCAAACUCCAAAAUAUAACUGUUCUGGGAGCAGAUUGGUGAUAAAUUCAUCCCAAUAACCGAGACCGAUGUUUGUGCUAAUAUUUAUUAUUGAAGCCGAUAACUUUAAGCGUUCUGUAAAUACACACCCGAUAGUUCAUUUACAACAGUGUAAUGAGCAAUUGGAAGAUAUUCCAGGAUUUUGUAGAUAUAUUGUGAAGCGACGUUGGUUAUCGCGCAUUGACAAGCCGGUGAGUGUUUUUUUUUCCGAUAAUCUGUUUAUGCUGUGCAGCAAAUGGCUGUUUCAUUGAACAGUAUGUCAAUUUUCUGGUUUUGUGCGUGGUAGCAUCACUCGCCACUAUAAGACUUCAUAGCAGUUGAUUUGUCACUGGACUUUCUUGGGUCUUAAGGAAAGGCAAAAAAUUAACAAAUUGUUACUUUUAAACCAGGAAUGUGAUACAUAAUCGUUGAAUUGAUGUGUGAAAUAUUACUACGUUCGUAUCCGGUUCGAAGUCUUAUAUUUGAAAGAUAGAUUUAUUCAGUCAUGUUUAAAGAAUAUAUCGUACUUGUCAAAAUAUAAUCGAAUUAACUGCAUCAUUGCACAGUUUGUACUGAAAAAUUAAUUCUGAAGACUUUAGUGGAGUUAAAUAUUGAAACGACUAGAGACGUGUUAGUUCCGGAGUCAUCGGCAGCCAUUUUAUGUUGGAUAUGUUCGUCGUUUAGUUGCGAGUUGAGGUCAGGAAGAUGGUUAAGUCUGAGGACAACAGAAGCGAACCUGAACAUGUUCGGAAAUUAUUCAUCGGUGGGUUGGAUUAUAGAACCACCGACGAUUCGUUGAAAAAACAUUUUGAACAAUGGGGGGAAAUUGUGGAUGUGGUUGUCAUGAAAGAUCCUCAGACCAGGAGGUCAAGAGGUUUUGGCUUUAUUACAUAUUCUCGGGCGCACAUGGUUGAUGAUGCACAGGCGGCUAGGCCACACAAGGUAGACGGACGAGUGGUUGAACCUAAACGCGCCGUGCCCCGUACGGAAAUUGGCAGACCAGAAGCGGGCAUGACAGUGAAGAAGCUUUUUGUGGGAGGCAUAAAAGAGGAAAUGGAAGAGGAAGACUUGAAAGAUUAUUUCUCUACGUUUGGAUCUGUUACAUCUGUUGCUAUUGUUGUUGAUAAAGAUACACGUAAAAAAAGGGGGUUUGCAUUUGUGGAAUUUGAUGACUAUGACCCAGUUGACAAAAUAUGUUUGUCACGGAAUCACCAGAUUCGAGGUAAACACAUUGAUGUGAAAAAGGCAUUGAGCCGUGCAGAGAUGGCUGCAAUGGGAGGUCCAGGUGGAAUGGGUCGUGGUGGAAAAGGUGGUUUGGGUGGCAGAAGUGGUGGUAUGGGAGGUGGAAUGGGUGGAGGUUGGGGAGGGAGAGAUGGAGAUUGGGCUGAUGAUGGCUUUGGUGGCGGUGGUGGAGGACGAUGGGGAGGUGAUGAUAUGUGGGACCAGCCCAGAGGCGGCGGUGGAAGUUGGGGAAGUGGCAGUGGGUAUGGUGGAGGGGGUGGUGGUGGAAAUUGGGGGGAUGGUGAUAGAUUUGGUGGUGGCUAUCAGCAAGGUUAUGGAGGUGGUCCUAUGAGAGGAGGUGGUGGUUAUGGUGGGGGUGGUGGGGGUUAUGGUGGGGGUGCUGGUAGCGGCAGUGGCAGACCUGGUCCAUAUUCCAGUGAACGUUACCGUGGAGGGGGAUAUGGUUCCGGUGGUAGUGGUUAUGGUGGUGGAUCAAGACGCUAUUAACUACCAUUCCCCAUUUGACACACACACACACACAGGAGUACAUAUCAGGUUCUGCAUAGGGCUAGCAGAGAGAGAGAGAGACAGACAGACAGACAGAGACUGGGGUGUACAGUCAUUCAGGCUAGCAGUAACGGGCAGACAGGCCGUCAAAGAGCAGGGACAUGUACUCACAGGACUUCAGUGCAGUUCUACGUAGUUAGCGGAAAGCCAGUAUUGGAGAAUUCAGGUUACUUCGUGCCAGUUUUAUUUAUACAGCUAGUCCUAUCUGUGAUAGUAAUUUUAAGUAUCUUUUUUCCCUUGUACAAGAAAGUUAAUGCUAUUCAUCAAAAUAUAUACUGUUAGACAUUUCAGAAGCAAUUGCUUUCCAUCGUAUUUCCGUUAAGUGACCAUUGAUUGUUGGUGUAGUUAGGUGAUUGAAGUAAAUGUAGUAGUUUCUUGAUAAGCCAAAGCGAGAGAGAGAUAGAGCAAUAGUAACAGUUGUUUUCAGUUUACUGUUUCAGAAUAAGUUAGAGAUUAUAGAUUCCCCCUGUUAAUGUAAAAUAAUGACCAUGGUGGUUUUAUUUACAUAUGCAUUAGGAGUAAGAAGUAACAGGCUGAAUUCUGUAAUAUGUCAAGUCAGCAGCUGGAUGCAAAAUAUUAUGGGAUUUUCUGCAGAGUAUUUUGCAGAAGGCUAUUUUGUAGGAUCCUGUAAGCGGUUGGAUAUGUUGGGGGGGCAACUUUGUAGAAUAAGUUCAACCAGGACAACAUAAUUAAAUUAUUUUGUUGUGAAUUACCUGAUUUAAUUGAUUUUUUUUGUGCACCUUUUCCCUUUUCCUGUUCAUGCUAAUUACCUCACAUUUUGAUCUUUUGAAGAUUGUCAUGUGAGCUACAGCUACUCACCCUACCUGUUUAAAUAUUUAAAGUUCAAUUUGUGUGACUCAGAAUUAAUUGAGGUUUGCUUUAAUAUGAAUUUGACAAUUUAGUUUGUAAGUGUUAAUUAUGUAUAGAGGAAUCAUUCCAAAUUUUUGUUGUGAAAAUAAAAAAGAAAUUGAAAUCA